AUGAGAGCGAAUCACCUCACAUGACAGCGAUUAUAACCUGGGAGUUUGGUGGGCGUGGGAGAGAAAGAGAACGAGAGAGAGAGAGAGAGAGAGAGAAUAACAGAGCACAGAACACGUGAAGAAAUGUCUUAAUUCGGCGCGCAAAUGUGCAUGUAUUAUCUCACCGCCAUUUACCAGGUGAUUAUUUGACGCUUGUGAUCUACCGUUCAUCAAAGGUGAGAUGGCGAGCAGGUUGGGGCUCCCCCAUGACAGUUCCCUACACAGAUGCAUGCUGGUCCUGACCUUCCUGCUCCUACUGUGUGAGAUCGUUGUCAGCCGCCUCUGUAACUCCCUCAUCACCAUGGUGGAUGUCUUCCACACCCUCUUCAUCCUCAUGCACAUGGCUCUUCCUCAACCCACCCUGGGCAGAGGUUCCCCAAAACCCCCACCUGCCUCCCCUCUUUCCACCCCCAACACCUCCACCCCCACUCAGUCACCUGUCAAAACUCCCCCAUAUUCCCCAGCCACCUCCGGUGUGUUCCCCAGACCCCUCACCCCUGUGGCCUCCCUGUGUGGCCUGUCCUACAGUGGGGCGAGGGUCCAGCCCCUGGGGGCUCUGAUCUCAGCUCUUCUGCUGGCUGCCUUGUGUGUCUCUGUCUCUCUAGAGAUCCUCAGCCACACCCUGCAGCCCCACCCUAUACAGCGCCCUCUUUUGGCCACGGUGAUGGGGGCUGUCAGCCUACUCUACAACCUCCUGGUGCUGGGGCUCAGCUGGGGCAGCUGGCUUGGGACCAAGACUAGAGCUGCCUGGGAGGGGGAGGAGAGCUCUGUCCUUGGUGUGAAUGGAAAAGUCAAGGUCCAGACCAAAGACAGCAAUGCAGUGGGGGGAGAGAAUUACAUCAGUAACCUCCCUACAUCUCUAGAUGGUGCCUUCCAAGAUGGAACACUUGUACUCUGUAACCCUGGGACCUCCAGUGUCCUGAACCUUGAUAGUGAUACUCCGCACCCACCCCAGACAUCCCCACUCCAUACCGUGGCCCCUCAGGGUCCCCUUUCAGACCACUGCCACGGAGCACACACACUCCCUGCAGACGCGCACACACUCCCUGCAGACGCGCGCACACUCCCUGCAGACUGCCGAACUUCAGAGACACCAAGCAGCUUCCCACAUCCAGAGGCCAGUGUCUGUCAUCCAAAGGACCCCCACUCUGAAGUGUCUAAGUAUAGGGCCUGCAUGAGACACAGAGAAAAUCAGACAGACCCCACCACAGCCUCAGCCCUAAAGUCAGAAAGCCCUACAAGCCUCAGGGUCCAACUUCCCGCCUGCCUCCCAUCCCUCAUCGCCCUCACUCAGGCACUGCUAGGUUCCAUCCUGGCACUCACCAACGGACUUACCCUGCUACUACUGGGCCCAGACUGCAUGCAUGGCUCUGGGGCCUAUGGCCCCUUCGUCUACCUGGACCCUGGCUUCUCCAUGGUGGCUGUGGGGGUGCUGCUGGCCACCACUCUGCCCCAGGUGUGCCGCUACGGUUGGCUGCUGCUCCAGGCCGUCCCGCCCCAGGUGUGUGUGUCUGAUCUGGGCCGGCGGAUCGCCAGUGUGCCAGGGGUGCAGGCGGUGCACGACCUCCACGUGUGGCAGCUGACAGAGAGCUGCCUGGUGGCGUCUGUACAUGUCCACUGCCACGCUGGGUUCCAGAUACACAGGUGUGGUGAUCUGUUGUCGGGGGUCACCAAGGUACUGCAGAGUGUAGGUGUGAGCUGCUGCACCGUACAACCAGAGUUCCUCCUCUCUACUCCCACAGCCAACGGCAACCUGGAUAACAACGGCACCAACCCCACCAUCAUCCAUAGGGAGAUGCCCUCACACCUCGCCUGCAGCCUGGCCUGUGGGAAGGGCUGUGCUGGGAAGAUGUGCUGUGCUCCUCUGGAGGAAGGGCCUGCAGAGCCACUGGCACCCCCUGCUGGGGAAACUGAGGAGGAGCCUCACGUGCUGAUCAUCGAGAACACCUUUCUUUGAGGGAAGGACCUCUAGGAUGUAUCUCAGUAGUGUAGAGUGGGCUCCUUGCAUCCUUUCCUUCAUAUUAAACUGAUGUGAGAGGCCUGAAGUGGAGCAAACCACUUUUGGCAAUUAAGAUUCAGCUUGGGGAUUGAAUAGAAUACAUUAUUAUUGUCAGAAUAUUCUUAAAGACUUCUGUCCCCAUGUCAUUGAGGUACUUUUAGAGAGCUAGAUAGCCUAAUGUAAGAAUUAGGCUCAGGUAAAGAGUAGAAAUCAAAGUAGUCAUCAUGCGUGUGUGUAUUUUGGGAUGGGGUGGGAUAAUAAACAGCAUUCCUAUGGGUACUCAGAAAGGGCCUGUAUGUGUACUGUAUCUACUGUAUGUAUGUAUGUACUACAUCGUUAUGUUGGGAUUGUAUUUCAUUGUAUUAACACGGUGCCAUACCAAAGAUACAGUAGAUUGUAAGCCAAGUCACUCACCUAAUUAAGUGUUUAUUCAAUAAUGCCAUUUCAACAUACACUACCGUUCAGUUUGGGGUCACUUAGAAAUGUCCUUGUUUUUGGAGAAAAAAAAGCCACCAAAAAUUGUCCAUUAAAAUAACAUCAAAUUGAUCAGAAAUACAGUGUAGACAUUGUUAAUGUUGAAAAUGACUAUUGUAGCUUGAGAUGGCUGAUUUUUCUAUGGAAUUUCUACAUAGGUGUACAGAUGCCCAUUAUCAGCAACCAUCACUCCUGUGUUCCAAUGGCACGUUGUGUUAGCUAAUCCAAGUUUAUAAUUUUAAAAGGCUGAUUGAUCAUUAGAAAACCCUUUUGCAAUCAUGUUAGCACAGCUGAAAACUGUUGUUCUGUUUAAGAAGCAAUAAAACUGUCCUUUAGACUA